UCUGUUGUUUUUUAAUAAAGUAAUGCACAUCAAAAUACCUACCAAGCCGAAAUUUCAAGAGACGUUCUUAUUUUUAUUCAAUCACGCCAAAGUCUAUGCUCAUCACAAAAGGUCAUAAAGGUCUUAAUGCCAAUUCUAUACCUUGAUAACAAAUUCACUGGUGAGUUUCAUAUCUCGACGAUGAAUAUAAAAGGCCUUGUUCUGAGCAAGCAUAGAUCAGUGUUUAUUGUUCGUCGCUAAGAUGAAGGCAGUUACUUCAGCAGCGUUGGGCUCUACCCUAGUGUUAUUAUUGAUCAAUUUUGCAUCUGCAAAAAGAGCCGACGUUGAUUUAAAAUCUGAUCCAGAAACGUGCAGUUUGGAUUGUGAUCCAGGGUAUCAUAUCGUAGUUAAAGAGGGUACUUUUUAUCAUAAUGGUAAAAGGAUUGACGCAGAUGCACGGUAUCCGGUGAAGAUGUUGUGUGAUUUGGAGCCCACUUGCUCAUUCCAAUUUACAACACAAACAUAUAGUUAUUUGAAUUCGGAGCCGCCAACAGGUACACAACUAACUAUUAACUACGACUGUAAGCGAGAUAACUUCCAAGGAAAUACAAUAAGGAUAAGAGACUAUACCCAGACGGGUGGCUGCCCACAUGACUCUUUUGUUCAGAAACACGUUGCAUACUUUAACGAUAUAAGUAUUGCCCCUAAGCGGGAUACACCAGAGGCACAAAGGGAAAGGGAAAUGAUUGCCAUGGGCGUCAGUGCUCAGGUCAGACGUUUCAGGCUAAGCAACCCCAAUCAGCCAAUCGAUCCAAGUCUUGGCACAGUGUACUUGAUAUAUGAUAACAGCUCAGGUAAAAAUGAUUUCAUGCCGAGUCGAGAAUUGGACAACAAGUGUCAACUUAAGCCCAAUGCAAAGGCCAAUGUAUACAAGUAUAAUUGCGUGAGGGAGGCGAGUAAAUGGACAUGCAAUUUCAAUGGCAAGGGUGUGGACUUGGCCAUCCAUUACAAAUUAACUGGUCACUUAGGAUGAUUAUCACAUCCAAAAUUCAGGAGUCGAACGGGAGCCCAUGCUGUAACGGAAUAUUUUCCAACUAAAACCAAUUUUGAAUA